UAUCAUCUCAUACAAUCUCAUACUUUCUCUCCUAAGACUAACUUGGAAUAAGUUUUACGCCUGUCGGAAAACGGAGCAUUUUAAUCUGUAAUUUUUUUUUUUAUUUAAUCAAAAGGUUCACGAUGUUCCAUCGUUGCGAUUAGAACCACGUGCUUCGGGAGGUCAGUCGUUAUUAUGAGAAAUGAUUUAACGAAGGCAUGCUAUCGAAAUAGGAAGUUAUCAUUUUAAGUAGUCAAGGGAGCAUUGAUCAGAGAACAAAGAUAUCCCCGCCACCAUCGCGGAAAGGUAUGCUGAGACAGGAUGACGGAAUUCGUGGAUGGCUGGAUAUUUGGGCACACUUUAGGGGAAGGUGCAUACGGCGAAGUAAAGUUACUCUUAAAUAAAUCAACCGGUGAGGCAGUUGCUAUGAAAAUGAUAGAUUUAGAGAAGCAUUCAGAUGCCAGGCAAACAGUUCGUAAAGAAACUGCUAUUCACCGUAUGUUAUCUAAUCCUAACAUCAUACAGUACUUUGGAAAGCGUAGUGAGCCAAAUAUGGAGUACAUAUUCUUGGAGUAUGCUGCUGGUGGAGAAUUAUUUGAUCGAAUUGAACCUGAUGUUGGCAUGCCAGCAUGGGAAGCACAAAAGUAUUUUAGACAAUUACUGGCUGCUGUUGAGUAUCUGCAUAGCAAAGGAGUUGCACAUAGAGAUUUAAAGCCAGAAAAUUUAUUACUAGAUGAAAAUGACAAUUUAAAAAUUUCUGAUUUCGGCUUGGCAACAAUGUACCGGUUUCAAGGCAGAGAGCGUUGCUUAGAAAGAAGAUGCGGAACACUACCGUAUGUUGCUCCAGAAGUAUUGUUACGUCCCUAUCAUGCAGAACCUGCAGAUGUUUGGUCCUGUGGUAUAAUUCUUGUUGCUUUGUUGGCUGGAGAACUGCCUUGGGAUCAGUCCUUGGCAGAAUGUCCAGAAUACAUGGCAUGGACAGAUGGAAAAUACAUGUCUCUUACACCAUGGAAAAAAUUGGAUACUUCCUCCUUGUCUCUGAUUAAAAAUAUUCUUGUGCACUCACCGUCGUCCAGAUAUACUAUAAAAAGUAUUAAACAACACAGAUGGUUCGCCAAAAAAUUCCAGAAGGCUGGAGGCACAGACGGAUAUAUUCGUCCUGAUGAGAUUGAUUCAAGACAAACGUUAGAAGAUGAGAACUUGACUAGAUUUUGCUUGUCACAACCGGAAUUACUUAGAAUAACAAAUAAUGCAGUACAAAUUAAUUUGGAAGAGCAAUCAGGAUUUUCAUUUUCUCAGCCUGCUCAUAUAGAAGAUUUGUUGGUGUGCACUCAAGUACAAAAUAAACAGCUUACACAAACAAGCCAGCAAAAUACAUACCAACGUCUGGUACGGAGAAUGACACGAUUUUUCGUUAAAACGGAAUUGGAGACAACAGUGGAAAGAUUAAUAAAUUGUUUAGACAGUGAAAAUUAUACUUAUCGCAUUAACGACUGUCGCACAAUUACCAUAUCAAGCGUGGAUAGAAGAAAAAUGCCUCUAGUUUUGAAAGCGAAUAUCGUUGAAAUGGAUGGAAAAAUCCUGGUCGAUUUCAGAUUGUCUAAAGGCUGUGGUCUAGAGUUUAAACGCAGAUUCAUAAAAAUCAAGACUAAACUGGACGAUAUAGUAUUAAAGGGCCCUGUUACAUGGCCAAUUGCUGUUGCAACCGAAUGCAUACCUUGAAAUCAAUAAUGUACAAAAAACAAUUUUAAAUAAAACAUUUUAUACUCUUUUAUAAGAACAGAUGGAUUU